CCACGUGUCCCUCAUGCAGUCGAUUCCUCAGCCACCUGUCGCUGCUUCUCCUCGGACGGCAAAUCCUCGGGAUCGGCUAAGCUAUUUAUUAUUCACUAUUAGCUAAGCCCUUCCCUCCCUCUCUUCUCAUGGAGGAGGACGAAGGAUGAAUGCUUAAGCGGUUGCAAGUGACUUUUAGCUGUACUUGGUCUGAAGGGGCUGUUCUUCGGAUUUGAUGGGCAUUGUUACAGAAUUAGUGACGAAGCUGUUCUCCAUUACCAGGCUGAUAUGUCUAUUCUGUGUCAAGACUACUCUCAUAGUCAUUAGCACUUGGGUGGAGUUGAUCCAAGCUGGAACCUCUUUGAACAUCAGCGUAUUCGGGAAAGUAGUCCUAUGGACAUUUGCUCUCAUAACCCUCCCGAUACGGGUUUUGACUGCAGUACGAAGGGAAAGGCAGUUGGAAGCCUACCUGAAGUACACACAGGUGGAGUUAGAGUAUCUACUGUGCUAUCAGAAGGAGCUCGAGGCUCGUCUUGAGAAAGCAAUUAAGGAAUGUAAAGUGAUGGAAAUACUGUUGUCGGAGCUCGAGGAAGACCAUGAGACAGCCAUCUCCAGGCUUGAACUUCUCGAGGAUGAGUUGCAAGCUCUUAAAGCCAAGAAUCUCCAGCUCAGGGAGACCCGAGACAAGGAAAGCUGUAACUUCAAAAGCCAACCCAACCAAAGAAAGCCUCAAACCACCAAUACCACCCCGAACUUCUGCGACAUCCCCUAUGGUAUCUCCUCUUUGAAAGCCCCACGUGAUGGAGCUUGUGGCCAGUCCCUUCAAGACCUGCUUGACAGUGAGAAGAAAAAUGCGGACGCACUCCUCAAUCUUCUGGCUAACUCGAAUCCAGAUCAAUUUGAAUCCCUCAUUGGAUUGGAAUCGGAAAGAAGCAGGGUCCUCGACCAGCAAAGGGAAGUUGCCCUCCAACGGAGCCUCUUCAGUGCAAUUCUCUCUUUCCUUGUUGGAAUGAUCGUGUGGGAAGCCAAGGACCCGUGCAUGCCUCUCGUGAUGGCUCUCUUCACCGUGGUAGGUAUGUCCCUAAAGAGCGUUGUCCAGUUCUUCUCCACCAUAAAGAAUAAACCCGCCUCUGAUGCUGUGGCUUUGCUGAGCCUAAACUGGUUCAUUCUCGGAAUGUUGACCUACCCAACCCUACCGAAGGUUGCCCGGAUGCUCACUCCCGAGCGCCUGAGCAUGCUCAAUCAGAAGGUGAGGUGGUUUGGUACAUAGUUUUUCCUACUAGCUAGUUUGUUGUUCAGCUUUAGAUUUUGAUUGCGCGUGUUGAAGGAGACCUAGCUAGGAAUAUACAGCUUGCUGUUGUGCAUAUACAUUGCGCUUUUUUGUACAUAAUUUCUUGCCCUAUAGGUUAAGUAAUCAGACCAUGUAUGUUUUGGUAUAGACAAACAUAGAAAGGUAGUUCGUUGCAAUAUGGCUAAUCUAUUAGCUCGUGCUCUGCCUGGACUGUGGAUGUUAAGAUCUUGUGUCAGUGGAUAUAGUUCGGCUCGAUAUGAGGUUGUGGAGUAUGAUUGUUUACCUAGAAGAAUUUGGGCUAUCUUUCGUACAUGAUAUGGAAGACACGAUGUGCCAAUUCUCUAUUAUGAGACAUUGCCAAGUCUCGUUUGGGCAAGGUGAGGAUCUGGUAAGUCAAAAACUUAGCUUGUGUU